CAGCAAAAUGUUCAAGUUCUUCGUAUUCUUCACCAUUUGCGCCGCCUUGGCCUCGGCCAACAUGGUGCGUGUGCCCAUCUACAAGAACCCCAACUACCGUAGAACACACCAGUCCGUGAAAACUGAAACGGCUUACUUGCGCAGUAAAUACAAUGUUCCCAGUCCUCGUGCCACCGAGCAAUUGGAUAACAGCUUGAAUAUGGAAUACUAUGGCAAGAUCACCAUCGGUACACCACCACAGGAGUUCUUGGUACUGUUCGAUUCUGGUUCCUCAAACUUAUGGGUGCCAUCAUCCAGCUGCCCCAUCAGCAACGAAGCUUGCCAAUCUCACAACCAAUACGACUCGAGCGCUUCCAGCACUUAUGUACCCAAUGGCGAAUUCUUCUCCAUCGAAUACGGCUCCGGUAGUUUGUCUGGUUUCCUGUCACAAGAUACCGUCAGAGUAGCUGGACUCACCAUUCAGAACCAAGUAUUCGCUGAAGCUAUGCAAGAACCCGGUACCAGCUUCCUUUACUCCAAUUUCGAUGGUUUAAUGGGUAUGGCUUUCCAACAAAUUUCUAAUGACAAAGUAGUGCCACCAUUCUACAACAUGUGGUCUCAGGGUUUGAUCAGCCAAAACCUAUUCUCCUUCUAUUUGGCUCGUGAUGGCACCUCAUCGCAGGGUGGUGAAAUGAUUUUGGGUGGUUCCGAUCCCAGCCUCUACCAAGGUAGUCUCACAUAUGUGCCCGUCUCUCAGGAAGGCUAUUGGCAAUUCACUGUAGAUAGCGGUAGCAUUGGCAAUCUKCUCUUGUGCAGUGGUGGUUGCCAAGCCAUCGCCGACACUGGCACCUCCCUCAUUGUUGCUCCAUACUACGGUUAUGUAGCAUACAUGAACGUCGUCGAUCCCGAUGGUGAUGGUUAUAUUGAUUGCUCAAUCGUCAGCAGCCUUCCCGAUUUGGAAUUCGUCAUUGGCGGUACCACCUUCGCCGUCCCAGCCUCGCAAUACGUUAUCGAAUCUGAGGGACUAUGCUCACCUGCCGUCAGCUACAUGGGUACUGACUUCUGGAUCUUGGGUGAUAUCUUCAUUGGUCUUUACUACACCGAAUUCGAUAUGGGCAACAGCCGUAUUGGUUUCGCUCCA